CCCAAUUUUUGGCCGUUCAGGCACGAACAAUUGACGGAGAUCUGCGAAAUGAAAAAAUUUGGAAGACGAUCCAUUGGAGUACAUACCAUCUCAUCCGUCGAGGCGUAGACAUAGGUCCAUCUGAUGGUCAGAAGCUGAGAAGCAGAGAGUAGAUUGCGGCAAGCCUUCGUGUGAUAUAAGGAGACAACAGUUUGGUUUCACAUCGAUAGUUGAAUUGAAACCUAGGCCUGGUUGGAAGAUGUUGGGCAUCAUAGCGAUCCUGUGUCUGGCGCACACGGCUACGGCACUGCAUCUGCCUUCUUGGCUUGCUCGCCACGAAGGCCGACUUCAUGGUGCCAAGGCAGAGAACGCCCUCAGACGGAGGGCAGAUCAAUCAUACAUUGCCAGUGUCCCGGGGCCAAUCUGUACUGGUCCUUCAUGCUACAUUGGCUGUUUUCAUGAUUCCUGGACCAGGACGGUCGGAAACCAGAGCAUCAGCUCAAAUUCAAUGACCGUCGAUUCGUGUCAGGAAAUUUGCCUCAGAGGAGCGUAUAGCUAUGCAGGAUUGGAAGGUGGACGACAGGUGAGAUCCGAGCGAUACGCAUGUUGACCCCAGUGCUUCUGUGGGAAUAUUUACAACCAAGCUCAACUUUUGUCUGAUGGGUCUACUUGUUCGACGGCGUGUGUUGGAAACUCCUCUGAGAGGUGUGGUGGACUCUGGCGGGUCAGUAUUUGGCAUGUUUCUCCAGUCCCCGUGUCGAGUGUCAGCUCGUCCGGCGGCUUGGGCAGCUCGUCAGUCAGCUCGUCAGCCAGCUCGUCAGUCAGCUCGUCAGU